GGGGACAUUCUCUGCUAUUCAUUGCUAUAACUAAUCCAAUUCAAUUCCAUAAUUAUUCUUCUAUAUUUUGCCCCUUUUUUGUUACAAUUGAGUCUUUUGUUGCACACCUAUAUCCAAAUUAGAGAGAGAUUAAGAGAAGAGAGGCGAAUAUUACGUUGGAUUGAUUGAUUGACUGAGACUGACAUCAUGGGGCUACGCGAUCUAAUCAAGAAAAAGGACCACCUAGACGGCGGCGUCGAUCGCGAAACCCUGGACCGACUCGCAGGUCCCGAAUUCACCUUCAUUCGAUCCGAUACACAUACACAGGAAAUCAUUCAUCCACCGAGCAAUUACAACAAUGAUCACCAAUACCUAACAGCCAAAGACGCGGCCGGAUCCUCGUCUUCUUCGUCCUCUCGAGCGCGCCGCAGUCUCGACGUCUUCAGGCCCCGCUCGCGGGGUAGCAGUACCUCGUCCGUGCAAAGCGGUCUCGACGCCAAAGACAAAGAACAUAGCGUCCACCGCCGACUCUCCCAACGCCUGCAUCUAUCCAAAGCGCCGUCCACGUCCGACUUCGUGCCCGAAGACCUGCCGCAGAUCAACGUCCUCUCGGUCGAAGAUGGUGGGGGUAAGGUAGAGAGAGGAGGGGGAGGUGCGGAUAAAGACGCGUAUGAACGCCAGUGGGAGAAGCGCGCGACGAUCCUGGCCGAGGCGAACGAGAGGGGACAGCGGACCAGGUCGCCGAGUGUUGCAGGCGAGCAAGUCCAAGUCCAAGUCCAAGUGCCCGAGCUUCGCUUAAGCGGCGACGGGAGAUACGGAGCACCAGGCGGAAACGGAAACGGAGCGAAGAAAACGGACGGCGUGGUAUCUUCCAAGGUGAUCGACGAGCAGAUCCAGGAGGCUAUCCGAUUGCACGAGGAGGGGCAGCUCGAUCAGUCUACUGUCCUGUUCGGUCGGUUGGCGGAUCCUAGGGGCGCGAAUAACCCCCUCAGCCAGGUGCUGUAUGGCCUUGCUUUGAGGCACGGCUGGGGCUGCGAACCAGAUCCCGAGCGGGCGGUGACGUACCUGUCGGCGGCGGCGUCCAACGCGGCGGCGGUCGAGAGCAUGGCGCUGCAGGCGGGCCUCCAGAAGGGCGGCGCCGCCAAGGGCGAGCUCGUCCUGGCUAUCUUCGAACUGGCCAAUUGCUUCCGCCACGGCUGGGGCAUCCCGCGCGAUCCCGUCGCUGCUAAGCAGUAUUACGAGACGGCCGCAAACCUUGGAGACACGGAUGCGAUGAAUGAAGUCGGCUGGUGCUAUCUUGAGGGUUUCGGGUGCAAGAAAGACAAGGUACGUCGGGCGCGAAGCCGAAAAGCACAUGCUUCAUCAGAUUUUUUUUUUUUGUCUUUACGAUACCUAAAUCCUAUCGAUCUAUUUCCCCUUAUUCUCAAUCUGUCACAUAUCACAUCCAAAUCCGGCGCCUCACGUCCCUGCCCAAAGCUCAACAACACAUACACACAUAUACCCACACACACCUACACCGGCACGCGAGCGACAGCUAGCUAGCUCGAUGAUGACGAUGAGGUGUCAGCCUCAUGUGGCCUGCAAAAAAAUGUGGCUUGUCGGAGAAGUUCAGCUCCGGCUCGCUUAGCCAAGCCUCCGGAUUUGCCUCCGCAAGGUACUACCGACUGGCCGAGGAAAACGGCAAUAAGACGCUAGGAAAUAGUUGGUAAGUUGCAUUCCUUCAUUUUCAUUUGUCCAUCUGGUUUAUUGUUUUCUGUUUCUGUGUUCUGGCUAUAUCACAUCUAUCGAUCUUCGUAAGCUUUUCCCUCGUAUGACGACCCCUU